UGAUGCAAGAGAAAGAAGAGAGCAGAGGGAAACCUCCGUAUCAGGACGCUGACGGGUUCAAAAGUGGAGGAAAAGCGUUCGGUCGCUCAGACAUGAAAAAGAAAGUCUCGCAAGAAGCCAGUAAUGCGUUCGUCUGCCCCGAGUGCGGGAAGAGUUUCACACAUAAAGGACACUUCAAUGAACACGUGAAGAUCCACUCCGGAGUCAAGCCCUUCAGCUGCCCUCACUGUCAGAAGAGCUUCACCUGUAGAGGACACCUGAAACGCCACAUUCGCAUCCACACCGGCGAGCGUCCGUACGCUUGCGAUCAGUGCGGGAAGAGCUUCAAGUGUGCCACCAACCUCAAAGACCACCAGCGCUCGCACUCAGGAGAACGGGCUUUCAGAUGUGAGCAGUGCGGGAAAAACUUCAUUUUGGCGUCAAACCUGAAGGCGCACCUGAAAAUCCACACGAACGAGAAGCCGUAUGUGUGCGGCGUGUGCGGGAAGGGCUUUCUGCGCCUGGGCUGUCUUAACGAUCACCAGAAGAUCCACACGGGUGAGAGAGCUCACAUAUGCUUCGAGUGCGGAGACACGUUCACCAGAUCCAGCGCUCUGAAGCAGCACCAGAAGAUCCACAGCGGAGAGAAACCCUACAGCUGCUCGCACUGCGGGAAGGGCUUCACUCAUUCUGGAGCGCUGAAGAGACACGAGCGCGUGCACACCGGAGAGAGACCCUACCUCUGCACCGCCUGCGGGAGGAGAUUCACUCAGUCCAGCGAUCUGCAGAAUCACAUAAAAAAGCCCUGUCCCAUGCUGCCACACACCGAGCACAGUUCAGCAGUAAACACGGAGAAGCUGUGCUGAACGAGCUGUUCAGUUUGUGCUUGCUUGACGACGCAAACUGAAGGGGAAUCUGAGUAGCUACACAACCGAACAGUGUCAUUAUUUCUGUUACUAACAUUUAAAUCGUCACAGAAGUACUGGGAUGAGAGGUUAUAGUUUGGAUAUAAAUACUGAUAUCUACAGUAGCAAUCAAAAUACUGUACAUCAUCUUUUGAAAGUAAAGUGAUGCUUCAAAGAAAGAUUGUGUGGAUUACAUUGUUUCUCCAGUAGGUGGC